AUGAGUUAUGAAAGUGAUAGACUAUAUGUUGGUGUUCUGGGAGAGAUAAUAUUUUCAGAUGGUCUCAAAUACACAGAAGGUGCUCACUACGUCGACGAAUUCGACAGGAGAUUUUAUACGGAAAUAUGUUCUGGUAUAAAGCCUGCAGGAAGGUCACAAAUAGUAGACAAAGAACCAAGGACACAAAUACCAGACGGAUGCUACGAUACUGGUGAUGGUUUCUACAAUCCAUUGACGAGAGUAGUGACAGAUUAUAACGGAUGUUUUCUUCGCAAUGCAGGAGCAUACAUGGAUUGUCGCCAAAUGUAG